CUUAUGGGCGGGCUUCGAGCUCGCUGGGAGGGAAGUUCAAGCGCCAGGGAAACGUAGACGCUGGUUGAUAGUUGCAAUUUCGUUCUGGAAAAAUACUUUUCAUUUAAACAAACGUAUCAUUUGAUGAAGUAAACUCCACGUUUAUUACAUUUACAAGAAAGAAGAAUCAAAACAACACGCUAUGUCUCACAAGCAGAUUUUUUACUCCGACAAAUAUGACGACGACAAAUUCGAGUACAGGCAUGUCAUGCUUCCUAAGGAUAUUGCUAAAAAAGUUCCCAAGACCCAUCUGAUGUCAGAGACAGAAUGGAGGAAUCUGGGUGUGCAGCAGAGUCAAGGAUGGGUACAUUACAUGAUCCAUCAACCCGAACCACAUAUCUUGCUCUUCCGACGUCCUCUGCCUCAAUCCCAGUGACCCCAGGACCACAAACUAAAGGAAUUCUGAAAACUGGACACAAUCUGAAGAUGUCUGAGAUGCCGGGUGCACUCUGGAUCAGACAGUGUCAACAUCAUUUGUGCUGCUGCAUUUAUUGACAAUUCUGUGGGUUAGAUUAUCAUCACUGUGCUUGAUCUCUGCCUUAAAUGAGAGAGAGAACUGAGUUUAAUUUCCUGUUGCAACUGUAUUUAUUAUUCUUUUCUAGUAUAUUAUGUAUAUGAGCUUCACUUGAUUCAUUUUUUUUGCAUGGUGAAUAGACUCUUAAAGGUCUAGCAGCAUUGGAAAUUGUUUCAUUACACCUACUGCUUUAUUAAAAUUAAAUUCUUUUUUUUUUCUUUUCAUUUUAAAGUAUUAACAAAGAUGUUUGUACCAGUAUAUGAGUCACUAAUGCGCAGCUGAACCUAUGUUCUCAAAAAUGUUUUAAAAAGUCUCUCAAUAUAAUAUGUAGAAUAGUGUACUGUUGUAUAAUAAAAAGAUUUCAGCUCAA